UAAUUCAUGUAUUUUCACCUCUCAUAACGUGUGAAGUUCCUUCCUGGCCCAUUCAUUGCAUGGAGUUGGCACGCUCUCCAUCUCGCUAGCUGCCUGCGUCUUGAUUGGCCGUCUUGACCGAGAUUCUACUGUACCAUUUCAAACCCGAGUCUGCACUACUCUACAGUCUGCGGAAGCGGGGGAGGACCGUGCAAAUUCCCAACGAGCUCGGGGAUUCAAUCCGCUGCCAAGGCACUAACCAGUCACCACUUCGGGGAAAAAAGGCUUAUCUUUGAAAUAGGUCGAGCACUGUGUCUGUUGUAAAAUUCGUUCGUUUCCGUUGUCUCGGAAAAGCAACAUGCUGGUAUAGUAAAUAUAGGGCUAAUAGUUGUUUUUUUAUUCCUUCCAAGCGCACAUUUCUGUUGGAUUUUUAUCUGAAUAAUUAUUUAUUUUCGUGGAUAUUUUCGUUAUUUUCUUCCACUGUGGAACGUGCGGAGCACGAUGUGCACAUGCGGUGGGAUGCUCGUGGGUCUCCUGACAGUUCUCAGAUGAGUGAUGGAGAUUUGAUCAGUAAACAUUCGCAUGUUUUGUUUUUGCACAAUAUAUACACAAUUUAUGAACGAAUGAAAAAAUACCAAGAAGCACUGCAAAGAUUCGACAGUGAUCUUUUUUUGAAAGAGUUGUGCGUGCAGUCUUCUGCAUGGUUGCAAUAGCCAACAUUUCAUUGCCAUUUUAAUUUGUUUAAUUGAACUUUUCCAUCCGAAGUGCCACUGUUUGCAUCAUUUCCUUGUCAUGUAUUCACAUUUCAAUACAAUUCCGCAAUUGAGACUCGGAUAGUUUAGCCUAAAUAUCCAGCUUAUUUCCGUACCGUUAUUGGACCGAGGAGAGAGCACAGACGGAGACAUGGCUAAAAACCCGUCCGAGGGACCCAAUGAGCCAGAUCUGAAUCAGCUACCGGACGAAGAGCUGCUGCAAUGGGGCAAGGAGCAGCUGGUCAACAGGCUAAGGAGAGUGGACAGCGAGAAGUUAUACCUGAUGAUCGAGCACGGAAACAUGAUGAAAGACAUUAACCGGAGGCUGCAGGUGCACCUGCACGAGAUCCGCAACCUGAAGGAGAUCAACCAGAAGCUCCAGGACGACAACAACGAGCUCCGCGAGCUCUGCUGCUUCCUGGACGACGACCGGCAGAAGGGCAAGAAGCUGUCCCGGGAGUGGCAGCGGUUUGGCCGGUACUCCGCGAACGCCAUGUGGAAGGAGGUGGGCACCUACCAGCUAAAGCUCAAAGAACUCGAGGCCAAACAGGAGACAGUGGUGCGCGAGAACACGGACCUGAAGGAGAUCAUCUUCAUGCUGGAUGAGGAGAGGAACGGAGCCGGUUCCCGGAGCUCCAUAGACUCUCAGUCCAGCCUCACCAACCUGAACGGCGGGACAGGGAUAGUUCGGGACUUCGGGGAUGGCAGUAGUACCUCCAGCACGGGGAGCGCAGGUAGCCCCGACCACCACCACAGCCACAACCACAUGCACAAGCUGCCCGCAGAGAGGGAGGGCAAGCUGGGCAGCACCUUCCAGAGGAGGUCCAUGGAUGACCUGUCAGCGCCACACCAUCACAGGAGCAUCCCUAAUGGACUCAAUGACUCCUCCACUAACUACAUCAGACAGCUGGAGACCAAAAUGAGGAUAUUGGAAGACGACAACAACAAGCUUUUGACGCAGCAGCAGUGUGACCCGGGGGACCUGCGUGUCCUGAGGAAGGGGAUGACCCUGUACCGCUCUGAGUCUCAGCUGUCAUCCCUGCCACAACGCCAGGACGCACUGCACAACGGCACGAUUGUUCGUCUCCCCACCAGCGAGUCAACCCUGGUAACAGGUUACCUGUCCUGUGUUCAGAAACCAGAGUCUGUGGUCCACGCCAUGAAGGUGUUGGAGGUCCACGAGAACCUGGAUAAGAAGCAGGUCCCAGAGGACUACGAGGAGGAUCUGAGUGAGAAGGAAAAAGCCAUCGUUAGAGAGAUGUGUAACGUGGUGUGGAGAAAGCUGGGCGAUGUGGCAGGAUCUAAGCCGUCUAUCAGACAGCAUCUCUCUGGUAACCAGUUCAAAGGCCCCAUGUAGUCCACAGCAACCAGAGAGGGAGAAAGAGAGAGAGACCUUCCUACAUACUAUCCAUUCCUACUGCCUACACUACCCAUAACACCAUUCUCCCACUGACUAUAGGUCCCAUCACCCACCAUUCUCCUGGGAUAUGUGACUGAACAUUAUGCGACCCAGGAAAACCACAGAAUGGACCUCUCCAUCGCCACUAGUCAACUCCCCAUACACACACAUUUCGUUUGAACUUCCAGUGUUGUUGAUAACUGGUAGCUAGUUUCACUGAUUUGCGACUUUCCUUGUAUUACAGAUUUUAGGUUUAUAGUUAGACAGGCUUACACUUUACACAGUGCUGGAGACUAUUACAGAACACUCUCAUGUUGUUUUGUUUUAUGCUAAAAAGAAACUCAGAUGAGAGCUAUAGGAGCUCUAGGAUGUUAAAGUAGCGCUGUGAUUAUGUCAGAUAUGGUUACGUUUUGGGUUACAAGUGUCUCGUAUGGACAAAUCUAGGAUCAGCUUCAUCCACCUUCAAUCCUGAUCUUGAGCAUUUAGAGGUAACGUACAGAACUGACUGUGGAUCAGUGUCUAGGAGCAAUGUCACCUCACUCCUUCAUAGUACUUUCCAAUAUAAAAUCCAGCUAGCUCCUCUGUUAGUUGUGCUUUGCCUUUAUCUGGUUGAUUAGCAAAAUUAGCAUUAGCUAACGCUAGCCUUAGCGUAAUUAGCCUUAGCUAAUGCUAGCUUUAGCAAAAUUAGCAUUAGCUCAUGCUUGCCUUAGCAGAAUUAGCAUUAGCAUCCAAAGUGUUAAUAUGUGAUACCCAUUGUGAUAUGAUACAUAGCACCCUAUGCUCAUAAGAGAAGUCUAUUAUUGAUACAGUACUAUUAUAGAGAUCACUUUUAAAACUAGUGUAAAAUAUGUAAACAAAAAAAAACAUAGCACUGCAUUGUUGUUGUUAUCGUUUAUUUUGAGCUUUUUGUUUUUUAUUAUUAUUCUAGCGUGGCCAUGUGUUAAAAACGGACUGUCUUGUGAGGUUUUAUGUUUUACAAAAGCACACAACUGAACAGGGUUCUUUCUAUGGUAACCACUCAUCUUCUUACUGUAGUUCGUUGAAACAAAUGAUUACUUUAUCUCCUCUGUAAACGUAUCAAGGCCAUUUUAAAUCUAAACCGUCUCAGCCAAGAGUCUUUUUUUAUUUUUACUAAAAUGUACAAGGUUGAGUCUGCUCUAAGACAAUCAUGUUUCUCAGGUUGGGAAAUAACGAGAGCUUUACGCCGACCCUGUGACUUCUGUGGAUAUAGUGGUGAUUCUUUGUUGACGUUGGUCAGGCUGCAUGUGGGUACUGUAGUUCUCUGUAACAGACUGAUGACACCUGGUUACUACAGGGUUGGAGACUGCUGAACAUAUUUUAUGCAUUCAUUUAAUAUGAAAUAAUAUGUUUCAUAAAUCUCCAUGACAGAAUGUUUCAGAAAUGUUCUCUGAAACUUGAAGGCUAUUAUGCUACUGUCAUAAAGGGAAGAUCAGACUAAUUUGGCUAUUUUUGGUCAUCAUUAACUUUUGCAUUAAUCAAACCACUGUACAACACAGUAUUUUAAUUGAAACCUAAGAAAGUUGUCAAAUAAAUGGAAUGGUUUUCAUUUCAAUUUGCAUAAUAUGAAUACGUGUUUUUUAGCCAUGGUGAAUACAGCAGAUGAGUUUCAGCAGUGGACUGUGCAUGUUUUGUAGAAAUGUAUUUCUGUUGGAAUGUGAGAAAGAGCAAGUCUUCCCUUAGAUGUUUUUGGAUACAGCAACGUUUUAACGAGUUAUAAUGAUGUCAAAUGAAAUAAUAAGUACUGUUAUGAUCAAACUGUUCAAGGCUAUUUAUUGCCAGGUGUUUCGCAAAAAAAAAAGGAGAGCUAUCCAAUAAUAGGGCUGUCAUGUGAUUGGCCAGUUUAAGAUUUUGACCUAUCAGGAGAUUUUGAUUGGUAUCCAGGUCUUUUGAUUGGGCAAUUGGUAAUGAUUGACAGCUCAAGCUCUCCUGGCUCUAGUAUUAGUUUUUCCAAAUUAGAACCUUGAGGCUUCCGACCGUCCAUUCUUACGAUUCAUCCUCCUCGGGUUCUCUCUAAUAGGCUCUAUCUACUACAACAACAAAAAAGAAAAUGAAAGUAUGGAUUUUCAAAAAGUGUCCUUUUUUUUCUAGGAACAACUGAUUUGAAGCUAUGAUGACUUGUAAUGUUUUUCAGUCUGGCAUUUUGAUUUGAGAUGUGCCACAUUUUUCUCUGCAUGGAAUUUUGAGUUGGAAUCUGUGUUUUGAACUUUGUUGUAUUUCUAAUUCUGUAUAUAUGUGCUAAACUAGAAGUCACGAUGAUCCUAGAACCUAGUCUGCAUCUCAAAAUAGCAAUAUAUUCCCUAGUGCACUACUUUUGACCCCUGCCUUGUGCUGACCCUGGUCAUAUGUAGUGUGCUAUAUAGGGGAAAGGUUGUUAUUUCGGACACAGACCUACAGUGUUUAAUGCAAACUAUUCCUAUAGCAACUAGCAUGAAUGUAAACGUUUGUUUUUUUCUCUCCAUGAAUUUCGCUGAGAUCAGACAAAUAUGUGUAGGUGAUAGUUAACAAAAAAAAAUUGUAAUUGAACAAGGUCACUUUUAGAUGAUUUUUUUGAUUAGAAAAUAAACAAUUACUUUCUUUGUAA